UAUAAAGUAGACUCAGUAGAACAGCUGACUAUUUUUUUUAAAACUCACUUAUGGACGAAAAUGUCAAAAUUGUUUACGUUGCAAUUUUUGACAGCUUCAACCAAAGACUUUUAUGUCAAAUUAUUUGCCAUAUUUGUUUUAGUGGAAAAAAAUUAAAUUGUGUGUUGUUUUAUAAAAAAUAAAAAUAAAAGUGAAAAAACUUGAAUUUUGUGUGGUUUAUGUACUAAAAAAUUAUGAAAAGGUGUAUAAUUUGCAAGAAAAUUUCCAAAAAAGGAAAUGGGAGCUUUUUUAUUGUCCCCACAGAUGAGAGGAGGCGACGAAAGUGGAUGGAGGCUUGCAAGAUGCAACUCCCGGCACCUGCUUAUGUGUGUAUGGACCAUUUCUCUCCAUCAAACAAAACCGGGAGACACUACAUUCGAAGAUGAGUUUCAUUUGUUAUCACCAGUACACCCUCUGCAGCCACAGUUUUCCAAUAGAAACAACUUUUGUUUGGGUCUACGUGAUCCUGCCGUUAAUCGUCUUACUUUAGUUUAUAGUUCGGGGAAAAUCUUAAGCAUUUGUUUAAGUCUCUUGCCUUCAGAACAAAACAUCUUAUGGGAUUUUCAGCUGUUAUGCAUGAUUAUAGCAGUAACACUGCUACAUCGUUUAGUGCUGAAGAUCCAAAGAAAAUAAAAAAAAAUGAUGAAAUACAUUCGGGUACCGAAGAAGAUUGACAAUUUAUGUUGUCCAUUCUAGAUGGAUCGGAUAAUAAACCAUCAAAAGAAAAUUAUUCACAAUGUACAAUAUUGAUACUACGGCUUGUUUAUUCAUACAAUGCUGGCGAUAUUUUAUAGUUUUCAUUUACUCUAUGAGGACUUUAAAUUGGACGAUAUUAUGCAUGCACAUUUGUUGCCAUUAGCCAAGUUUCUGCAUCAAUUGGCCUACGUAAUGCAAUUACAAUCUUAUACUUUUCGUCAUGCUAUGGAUUUUCCUUUGCUGGUGAAAAAUUGUUCCAAGACUUGUAUUUUAACCGAACAGCAUGGUUCUCAAAUGUCUUACAAGGAACUUUCACAGGUGCAAGCUCCUAGUGUUUUUAACCAACUGAAUGCAUUGCCGUAUAAUUAUGUGGAAGGUGAAGUGAGGCGUAGGGAUUUACGAAAUUAUGCCCUAAAUAAAAGUUCAAAUUAUUCGCAAAAUAUGAACAUAGUCACGGAAGACUCCUUAUCGGCUCGUUGUCCACCCUCUAAAAGUGGCAUAUCACAAAUGGAAGGUGCUUUAGAUGAUGGCAUGGAUAAUAUAGGUACCAAAUUCUUAAGUCUACGUUAUCCGGAUGAUAUGCGCAUAACAGAUAGAUAUUACACAAUCGCCUGGAACUUCUGAUCAUGAAUUUAUUGAGGAGCAAGAAAAACAAUUAUUUACAUUGUGCACUCGUACCAUGACUUUACCUUUGGGUAGAGGAGGUAUGUUUACUUUAAGAACCAACGGAAUCAAUGCCAAUACCAAAACUAUGUCUAACCAGCAAGAAACCUAUUAAAGGAACCACUGUUGAAAUGCAGCAAAUUGAAUUCCAGGCCAAUAUGAGUUUAUGGCCAACAUUUCAUAAUGGUGUAGCAGCUGGCCUGAAAAUAUGAUCAAAUGCACGGGAUGUACCCUCCACCUGGAUUGUUUACAAUAAGCCAAAACGACCAGCCGAGAAUAAGUGAAUAAGUCCAGAAGUAGUUUCCAUAUUUCUUGGAGAAAAAAUACUAUAUUUCUAUUAAAUGUAUGUCAAACUUAAAUAAAUUGCUGACACAUUUUU